UUCCGACCGCGAACGAGAAGGCGCGCACACGGCCGCGGCGUAACCAUAGAGCAGUGGAGGCUAGAGCGUCGGCGCAAUGACGCCCGGUACCCGGAAGCGCCGGGUGGGAAGGGAAAGAGGCGAGCUGUGACGCAGGGGGGGAAGAAGAGAGGAGGACUUCCGGGAAGCUUUGAGGCGAGAAGGCGGGAGAAUGGACACGGCGCUUUCUCGGCGGGUGACGACAACGAGGACGCCGGUUGCCAGGGCGCCGCCGCCGAGCAUUAUGGGAUGCGGCGGUGGUGGAAUGGCGCUGGGCGCGUGAUUUUGAACCAACACGGAACCUGUCGCUGGGGCUGGCGCGCCGAGCCGGUCGCGCGCGCCGGAGCCCGAGAAGGGAAGGCGGCGGCGAGGAGGAGGAAGAAGAGGAGGAGGAAGAAGGGGGAGGUGGUCGCGAAGGGAGCGGAAGAGAGGCUGACACAAACCGCCCGGGCGCGAGCCGCCACCGCAGAAUAGAGAGUAAACCGAAGCUUCAUUUGGCAUCUCAACAGUUUAUCAGAUGCUGCUGCAUUAUAAUGCUGCUGAAGGUGGUCUGAUGGGGAUCAGGAACUAAAAAUAAAUCCAGCGCCUCAUCUUUGGCCUACUGUCUACAUUUGCAGGAUGGAGGUGGUGUCAGCAGAGGUGAACAGCUUGCUCCCUGAUGAGAUUAUGGACACGGGUAUAACACUAGAGGAAGAUGAGAAUAUUGAGGCUGUAAUUGUGGGUGACUCCAUUCCUAUGGAAACAGAACUGGAAGAAAUGGCAAAUAUGAGCUCAGUCAGUGAUUCUACAGCCACAGCUACAACAUCAGUCACCACAGAGACUGCCACAGGGUCCAGCAAUUGCAUGAGCCAUUCUGCAGGAAACACUGCCACUAUAAAAGUUGAGACUGGGGUGACUGUGCAGCCUUCCUUUCAAAGUGGCCUCCAAAAACUGGGUGCUCAAACUCCUGUCACUAUAUCAGCCAAUCAAAUAAUUCUAAACAAGGCAACUGACUUGAAAAUCGGCAAUCAAACUAUAAAACAGGAAGGACAAAAGCUCAUUGUAACAACUCUGGGAAAGCCUGGGCAGCCAAUUGUCCUGGCACUACCCCACAAUCAGCUGCCGCAGUCUCAGAAGACCACAUCGCAGACACAAGCAAGUGACUCCAAGGUGUCAACACAGCAGUUUAAGGUGGUGACUAUUGGAGGGAGGCCAGAGGUGAAGCCUGUCAUUGGUAUGUCAGCUUUAACUCCAGGGAGCCAGCUGGUAAAUACUGCCACCCAGUCCUCUGUACUGCAGACGCAACAAUUAAAAGCGGUGCAGAUUGCUAAGAAAACGAGGACACCAACCUCGGCUCCAGUGAUUACUAAGUUGAUCUUCACAAAACCAAUCAAUAGCAAAGCAGUUACAGGGCAGACAACUCAAGUGUCACCGGUCAUUGCAGGUAGAGUUCUUUCACAGACUACUCCAGGAACACCUCCAAAGACUGUAACUAUCUCUGAAAGUGGAGUUAUUGGGACUUCUUUAAGUUCUUCUAUACAACAGACUCCAAAUAAAAUAGCCAUCUCUCCUUUGAAGUCCCCUAACAAGCUAACAGUGGUAUCGGUCGCCUUGCAGCCUCCAAGCUCCCCACAAAAAACAGUUGGUGUUCCUCUAAACGUAGCCCUGGGACAGCAGAUUCUCACAGUGCAGCAUUCAACACCCUCUUCCCCAGGAAAGGCUGUAGCUAACAAUAUAACUGCUCAGGCUGUGAAAUCUGCAGUACAGACCCUCACUGUGGGGGGAGUGAGUACAUCUCAGUUUAAGACCAUAAUUCCCUUGGCAACAGCACCUAAUGUCCAACAGAUUCAGGUACCUGGAAGCAAAUUCCAUUAUGUCCGGCUUGUAACUGCCACAACAGCCAACAGCUCAGCACAACCAGUUGCUCAGAAUCCCAGCACUAGCACGGCACCCCUUCAGCAAGCUAAGCCAAUGGUAGUGAAUGCAACCCCAGUGCGGAUGUCUGUCCCAAUUGUUCCAGCAGCACAGACUGUCAAACAGGUGGCACCCAAACCAAUUAACACAACUUCGCAAAUAGUCACUACAAGCCAGCCACAGCAAAGACUUAUUAUGCCUGCCACACCACUGCCACAGAUCCAACCAAACCUCACCAACCUUCCUCCAGGAACUGUGCUGGCCCCAGCUCCUGGUGCAGGCAAUGUGGGAUAUGCAGUUCUCCCAGCUCAGUAUGUCACACAGCUACCACAGCCCUCAUAUGUUUCCAUAGCAAGCAACACCAGUCUUAGUGGGACUCCUAGUAUCCAGACCCAAGCCCGGCUGCCAUUCAAUGGAAUAAUUCCCUCCGAAUCUGCAAAUCGUCCCAGAAAGCCAUGCAAUUGUACAAAAUCACUGUGUUUGAAGUUGUAUUGUGACUGUUUUGCCAAUGGUGAAUUCUGCAACAACUGCAACUGUACAAAUUGUUAUAAUAAUCUGGAGCAUGAAAAUGAUAGGCAAAAAGCAAUCAAGGCUUGCCUUGACAGAAACCCUGAGGCCUUCAAACCGAAAAUUGGGAAGGGGAAGGAAGGUGAGUCGGACAGGCGGCACAGCAAAGGCUGCAACUGCAAGCGGUCUGGAUGCCUCAAAAAUUACUGCGAAUGCUAUGAGGCAAAGAUAAUGUGCUCUUCAAUUUGUAAAUGUAUUGGUUGCAAGAACUUUGAAGAAAGCCCAGAAAGGAAGACACUGAUGCACUUGGCAGAUGCUGCUGAAGUGCGAGUCCAGCAACAAACGGCUGCAAAGACAAAGUUGUCCUCCCAGAUUUCAGACCUGCUAACCAGGCCAGCACCAGUGCUGACCAGCGGAGGGGGCAGGUUGCCUUUUACGUUUGUUACAAAGGAGGUUGCUGAUGCAACAUGUGAUUGCUUACUGGCCCAGGCAGAGCAGGCUGAGAAGGCAGGCAAGUCGAAGGCAGCAGCGGAGCGGAUUAUCCUGGAGGAAUUUGGACGCUGUCUGAUGAGAAUCAUAAACUCUGCAGGAAAGUCGAAAAGUGACCCUUGUGCCAUGAACUGCUGAUUGUAGAAACUGAGCCGUGGUUUGAGCGGGACACUAAAAGGCACAUGGACACUUUUUUGGUUGACAGCAGCAGAUGUAGUGAUAGUCAUUCAUUUUUCAUUUGGUGCUGCUUAGUUUUCCAUUGGCUAUGUUAAUAUUGAAGCAAGAAACCUUUGUAAUAAUGAGUACCUUUUAAGCCGAACAUUGUUCUACUUAAGAUGACACUUAAAGGUUAUUUUUUUCUUCACACCUUCUUAACUACAUGGGACUACAUGGAGUUUAGAUGGUUUCUUUCCUCAUUUUUAAAAUGUUCUUCAGGAAAUUCUUUAAAUUAUUAUUUGCUAUGUAUUGCAUUUCGAUUUUGUAUGGAGGAAAAAACAAGACACUGGCCACAGUCAGUCAGGAACAUCUCCUGUGCAAACCCAGUUAAAAUGAUUGGAUGCUCCUACUAGAACAGAAUCUUGGACAGAUGUUCCCAGCAUUACAAUACAGCUUUGUUUGCAGCAGUAUAAAUAGCAUUACAUCCAUGGAUGAGUCAAUACUGAAAGGAAGUCAAUAAAAUGAAACAUUUGCCUAAAAGGAAUUCAGAAAGAGAUGCAAAUCUGUAUUGUCUCAUUGGCUGCAAUCCUGAUUUGAAUGGGAAUACUUCUUGUGUUGGUCUUACUAUUAAUUUAUAUUCAGAAUAACAGAGCUAGGUACUGAAAUAUAGAGCAUUGAUAUGCAAAAAUCAAGGUCAAAAUUUGUAACAGUCAUAUUGUAAAACAAUCUUUAUAGUAAGUUUUUAAAAAACAACCUAUCACUGUAAUACAUAUUCCAAAUUUUAAUAAACAACUUUUAUUUGGUUUCAAAGAUCAAUAUUUUCUUUAGAUAAAUGAAUAUAAUUAGAGAUUUUUAGUAUUUGUGCUACCUCCCAGUCUUCAACCCUCUGGAGGAUGGAAAGCAAGUCUCUUGGAAUCUCUCUGUUUUGAGAUUCUUGCUAUCAUUAUCCAGAUAACAUUCCCUAUAAAUUCCUGUUUACCUACAAGAUACACUGAGAUCCCAAUAGAAUUGCCAGAAGAUGGUUUGACAGCAUAAUUCUAGUAAUACUUAUAUUUUAAAGUUCUCCAAAAUCUUAAGUUUCGCAGACUUCCAGCCCAUAUGAUGGAGGAAGGGAUGGAAUUUAUCCUCGAACCAACUCUCUAACAUACACAGAGCAAUGCUUGAUGGUAUUGCAUGCCCUCUAAAGAACACUUGGCAAUAGGCUUGUUAAAUCAGUGCAUGGGGAAAUGCAUGGUUUUAGCCCUUAAUGCAUAUAAAAUGCCUGAUGUGUUUGCCUGCUAAAUAUCUGACAUCCUUUUCCAGCUCUCCAUAGAUACUGGCCAGGAUCCAAAAUACUACACAGCCAGUUGUAUGCUACUUGAGUUUCUCACAAAAACCAACCUCUCUACUGUCACAGACAAAGCACUUUUGAAACUAAGGGGACAUGCAAAAUCAGUUCGUAAUAUGAUGUGGAAACAAGUUAAAACUCCCCUUUGAGUGCACCUAAAGUGGCUUUUUGGAUCCUGGCUCUUGUCCGUGGAAACACUUAGAAAUGGCCUAAGAUUGUGGGAACUGACUUCAUAGGAUCUACUUGUGUUUUAUUUUUAAUUGUGUUCGAUGAGAUGUUGAGGGUACAGCUUUUAAGGAUUAGUUUUAAAGAUGUGGUAUUCAUGCACAGGUUUGACUAGGAUGUGGCCACUAAACAACACAGGUAAGCCCAUUGAUUUCAGUUGCCUUAACCAUACUUACCUCUGUGUUGGAUUAUGACUGAAAUGGAUUAGACAGUGGAGGUUUCCUUUUGCAAAUAAUCUAAAGCCAACUGCAUCUGCUGGGCAUGCCUAGAUAUAGCAAACAUAUAUGUGCGGGAUAACUGGGUCUUUCAAGCUGACCCAGUAUACAUGUUCAAACGCAGCCGGUCAUAUUUUUCAAAGGAAAGUAAACCAAGUUCUAGUAGGCAUUUCACUGAGAGUUAUUCAUAUUAGCUGCAUCUAAAUUGACUGUUCAGUACCAACUUGGCUUAUCUUUUAAGAGUAUAUUUUAGCAGUACAGUGUUAGUCUGAUGCUAUGACAAAACUGAAUAUAGUUUCUGUACCUUGGUGGAACAGGGAAAAAAGGUGAAAUAGCAUUGUUUGGAUGGAGAUGCUUAGAACCUUUAUAACAUUAAAAUACUAAACAUUAUUGCAUGUAUCUCUGGUGCAGCAAAUAGUUCAAUGGUUCUAAGUUUCAUGAAUGGAUAUAAACUUUAUGUUUGAGUUAGCAAGCGUUUGCUAGAAACCUUAGUCAUCUCUGUAAUUAUAAUACUGCAAUUCUUUUUUCCAAAAGGGAUUAUUUUCUCCAUAUAACUGUACAUAUAUGUUCUAUUAUGUAAUUGUAUGUAUACACCUAACAGAUUUAUGUAUAUGUACACACAAUCCUGAAAGGGAAGGUGUUCAUUUUAGCAGAUUUUUUAAAGUAGAACUCUGACUUGUAAAAAGUCUGUGUUACUUUCAGAGUAGGUAGAUUCUCCUUUUACUGGUUCCAUAAGCAUCCGUACAAUAAGAACUGUAUAAAUGUAUAUUAGUGUAAGUGGAUAAAGGAAUACUUGAUCAAGUUAUUUUUCAAACAAAUUGCAAUAUGCAUCCUUUUAUCUGGAACUAUAUCUGUGCUCAAAUUUGUAUAUAUUUUGUGUCUUAUUCUAACUUGCACCUUUUUUGUGAUGUGUAUUUAUGAGUGUGCAAAAAACAUUUUGUGAAGUUUGGAUUCCAGUUGUAGAUUAUGUAUGAUGGAAUUGCGUGUAAAGAGUUGAAAAAGGUGCAAUCAAAGAUCUAGUUUUCUGUCUCUUUUAGAACAAGCUCCCUCCAGUACUUAACUUGGUUCUUCCCCUCCUCUUCCUGGUGUGUUUAAACUUGGUCCUUUCGCAUGAAAUUGCUGAAUAAGAUAGUCAAAGCAACAUCAAAAGACUGGGAGCAGGCUCUCAAUUUCAGUGGAGCUUCUCCAGCGUUCCUGUAAAAACCCUACAGAAAUGCCUGACCCAGCCAGAGUGCUUUUGGAUCAUACCCACUGUCAGCCAAUUUUGAGGGGGAGUGUGCCUGGGAUUAAUUUUCUAGUUCUGGUUUACUUCUUUUAAAAAAAUAGACUUAAAUUUAUAUUUACUAAACCUAUUCAAAAAAUACACUUUUCUAUAUUGUAAAAACAGAACUGUCAGAUAAAUCACAAAGGAAAAAAAAUAAAACAUUUAUACUAUUCUGUA